AGUUAUUUAGUCGGCUCCUUCUGUUUUGCGUUUUCAUUUCGACAGCCUCCAGGCGCUCUGCUCUCGCGGUUGCGGCGUGUCCAGUUACUGGGACUGGAGGAUCAGCGUCCACUCGCAGUGACCCACGCGCGAUCCUCGUCCUGAGAGAAAGAAAACAGAGAGGCGGGGAUCGGCCGACCAGGGGCGAGGAGGACCAGACAGACAGGUUGAAGGGUCAUUCCUAUCAAGCUGUACUGCCCCUGUGCAGUGAUGGCGGUGGGAGCAGACCCAACGCAGCAGCCUCUGUGAAGCCUCUGCCCAGGGAGAGUUAGCAUGGCGCGCCUCCUGGCUGUGCUGUGUCACCUUGUCCUCUACUGGAUCCCCUCAGGCCUGACUUCAGCCAGACAGUGCCAGCCGACCCCCAUGGGAGAGCUGAGCCCAGUGCAGGGCCUACUGGAGACGUACCAAGCUGGAGUGGGCUGUGCCACGCAGGGCAGCCUGGGCCCAGAGGUUCACGUCAUCAACCUUCGUCGAAUCUCCGCCCCCGAUGACAGUCAGGUGACCUUACAUGUGGCGCCGAUGGCUGUCUCCUUGGUGUUCUCCCGGCCUCUGAUCUUCGUGCUGCGCUCCCAGGGGGCCGUGGUCUGGCGGCUGGAGGGGAAGCGGAUGGACCCUCAAGUGCAGCACUUGUUCCAUAUAUCUCGAGGUUCCACCGUCCAAAACCUGUUGCAAAAUCUCACCUUUGUGCAGAUUUCGGAGAAGAACCUGCCAAAUAAAAAUGAACGACUGUUGCGCUGGGUCCUGAGCAAAUACCACACGGUGACCUCCUUCAAUGAAUUUGACCAGGUCAACCACAUCUACAUCCGGGCUGGCUAUGAUCCCAUGAUGCCGAGCACUUGUACACUGAAAAAGUUCUUCUUGUCUCAGAACUACAUGGCCUCUAACCUUCAAGCCCAGGAGGUGCAUAGCUGCUUGACCACAGGGUACCGAUGUGAUCCAGAAGUACACUUGAUCUACCUGCGCUCGGCGGGAUCCAGCUUGUGUCAAAAGGAAGGCCAGUGCCCCGUUAUAGACCUGGAGAAGGCCAUGUGGAUGAAGGCCGAGAAGACCCAGAAGAAGGAAGGCUGCUUAGAGAAAACAAAGAGUAAAGGGCUUAAAAUUUCACUGCAGGUGGAUGUGUUGGUGACCUUGCAGCCUCCGGCCAAGGAGAAGCACACGUGGGCUGAUGUGGUCCUCAUUUUAAAAAGCGAUGCUUCUGUAAACUGGAUCAUCAAAGCCCACGGGAUGAGGGGACGCCUUCGCGUGCAGGCCUCAAACAGCAUUUCGACAGGCUUGGAUCUCGACCCACAACUGGAUUUCAGCUACGACACCUCCAGGGAGCUCCAAGAGGCGUCCGACAUGGCGGAGUGGGCGGCUCAGAGGGGAUUUCCUAGCAUCACCUCCUACACGGAGGCAGACCUGGCCAACCGCUUUGUCAUUACAGUUCCAGCUCCCGGUUGUGCGGCCAUCCAGCCUCGCUCCCACAAGCCCGCCCCCUUCUAUGGCGGGCACAGCGCCAGGCUGCCCCCCGGUGCCGGCUUUGAGAGUUUGUUUCAGCACUGGCUGCUUCAGGGGGAGGCGAACUCCUCUGAGCACGAGACGCUGCUUCAGGUCCUGGAGGAGUCCAUCUCUGUGAGCUGCCACGGAGACACGAUAUCGGUGACGGCCAACAGGAGCGUGCUGGAGGUCGUGGGGCUCGCGUCUGCUGAGCUGACCUUGAAGAACCGCAGCUGCAGAGCCGUCCUGAACGGCAGCCAUUUUAUAUGGGAUUUCAACAUCACGUCCUGCGGAACCGAAGCCGAUCUGAGCUCAGGGUCUCUGGGGGUCCUGUAUCGUAAUGCGGUCCUCGUGUGGACACCCGAUGCCCUAGAUGGCCUUGCAAAUGAGACUCUGGAAGGGUUUGACAAGGACGAACUACUAGAAGCUUCACCAAAGAUCGUGGAGUUCAGUUGCCUCCAUCCGGGUCCAGCAGCACUCAUCGCUGGUCAGCAUGGCGAAUCGAGCCACGAACAUAUGAGGGGUCCCAGUCUCUUCACCCUGGAUCUGUACAACUCUGAAUCCUUCCAGAGGACGUCGCCCGGGCCUUGUGUCACAGCGGUGAACAGUCUCCUUUUUGUUGAAGCUUCCAUGCUUUGGGGUGAGCCCGGUUUGGGUUUGAGGAUGCAGUCCUGCUAUGUGUCACCCAUCUCUAACCCCGAGGGGACCCCUAGAUGGCCAGUCAUUUCUGGGACAUGUCCGCUGGAUGAGUCGGUCACCUUCUAUGAUGAAGAGCACCAAGAAGAGCGAUGGGAACGACAGGACAGAGUACGCUUCAGCUUCAUCCUGCGGCCUCGCUUCAACAACUCCGUACAGUUUCUCCACUGCAGAAUGUCCAUGUGUGGAGUUGGAGUGGAUGGCACCGUAUUUCGCCAUGGAGCCCAUCUGCCCCUGUGUGUUUCUUUAGAUGACGUCUGCACUGGCCACACAGCGCCUCCCUCAGGUGAUGCCCUCAGUGGCCCGUUUGGCCGGAUCCUCUCCAAGCCCAUAGUGGUGACAGUAGAAGGGGGAACAACGCAGUCUUAUGAAAAGAGGACCGGAAUGCUGGGGACCAAACCCUCUGCCAAUUCUCCCCUCUCUGCUUCUUACCUGUUGGCAGGCCUGGAGACCCCAGUGGUGGUUGGCAUCGCGUCUGCUGCCUUUGUGAUUGGAGUUUGUCUGACCGGAGCCUUGUGGUGCAUCUCUUCAAGAACAGAUAUUACAAGGCACCAGUCAAGGACGCCCCCUAUGGACCGAAGGGUUAAAACCACUGAAGAACCUCAAAGCCCCACUUCAGGCUCAGAACAGAUGAACAGCUCAGUGUAGAGCUCGGUGAUCCUCAAGGAAGCAGCUGCACUUUAUUCCUCUCCCGACUCUCCCGCCGUGUCCCUGCGCUCGUGUUGUGGCCGUCCACGUCGACUGAAGGAGCGCCGGCUUGGCUCGUGGUGACAACCGAGAUGACACCGUGUGGACUUCUGGCACACGCUGACUGUGCAAUCUGAGGACCAACAGGAAAUAAAAGAAACGGAAAAAAAAAAUCCAGGGAUGUUCUUUUGUAUCAUUUUUGGUUAGUUUGUAUGGCCUCAAGUCUAGCUUCAUACUUUAUUGUAAUAAAUCUUUAUUUUAAAUGUGA